GAGGCCUCUCUGCCCACGGGAGAGUCGGUCACUGUUCACAUGUACGGCGCGACGGUUACCUCCUGGAAGCUUGCAGAUGGCAAGGAGCAGCUCUUCUUGAGUGAGAAGGCUAUCCUGGACGGCUCCAAGCCCAUCCGCGGAGGUAUCCCUGUCGUGUUUCCGGUCUUCGGUCCUCCCCCUCAGAAUCAUGCCACCUCCGCCCUGCCGCAACAUGGGUUCGCACGCAGCUCGAACUGGGAGUUCCUGGGCAAGUCCUCGUCGGAGUCGCUUGGAAAGGGAGACCGCAAGCAGAGCAACGAGUCUGUCACGCUCGAUUUUGGCCUUUCCAACACUAUGUUGAGCGACGAGUCCCGCAAGGCGUGGCCGUAUGAGUUCGGGCUCGUGUACAGCGUCAUGCUUACCAAAGACGGAUUGGAGACCUCUCUCCGGGUGCAGAACAACGGUAGUCAGAACUUUGAGUUCAAGGUUCUCCUGCACACUUAUUUCCAGAUCGAUGAUAUCUCCAAAAUCCGCGUCAAGGGCCUCGAGUCGAAGACGUAUGUCGACAAGGUUCUCAACGCGAGCAUUCACACUGAGACUUCUCCAUCACUGGCCAUCACCCAGGAGACAGACCGGGUCUACCAAGCUCUGGACGCCGGAGUCCCCGUCGUGAUCUCCUCGGCGGACGACGACCAGCCCAUCUUUUCGAUCACGCGCAAGGCGCUGGAUGACGUCGUGGUCUGGAAUCCAUGGGCCGACAAGGCAAAAGGAAUGGCUGACUUUGCUCCCGACGAGGGCUUUAAGAACAUGAUCUGUGUAGAGGCCGGUUCGGUGGCUAGCUGGCAGACCCUGGAAGCUGGCGAGACCUGGGAGGGUGGCCAGUUUAUCAAGCCGAGACUGUAAACAGUCAGUCUAGCGGGCUACAUACUCUAUUUAGACUCACGCUCUGUGUUUUUUCUACUCCUAAGACAAGCUACUUAGGCAAGCCUGACCCAGCGAGAAAUGAAUGAUGACGAUUGAUGAUUGUC